GCAGUCGCAAUCUCCCCUUUUGUUUUUCUUCUCUCUCUGUUCUUUGUUCGAGCCGUCGACACAAUCGUGUGCGGCGGGUACCGAGAGAAGCGUCGAAGCAUCUCUUGCAAUCGUCUCUGAAGCAAACGUUUACGUUCUCUCUUACAAAGAAAGAAGGAAAAAUAUAAAACUUCGUUUCGACUUCUAUCCACACUUCGAUAUUGUUUGGGUCGUACGUGCAGGCUAUCCCACAACACCUCCUUCUCCUAAUGCUGCUUGUAUUGCAAACGACACUUUUUUUCUUGUUUGUUUGCGGUGCUCAGUUUCUCUUUUUUUCCUUCUAAAAUAUUAAAAAAAAACACACACACACGAAAUAUUGCUCUUUGCUUUCUCUCUCCCAUUUCCUUUUUUCUCUCUCUUCGAACUCCUGUACAGUCGAGGAAUAACAAAGGUGCGUGUGAAGAGGUAAUUCGCAUUUCGCAGCCCCCCUUUGCUGGUGCAACGACGUUGGAAUCGUUCAUGUAUAGCGUUGUACGCGGAGUCCGCUGAAAACCUUUUUCUUUGUUUUUUUCGCCUAUUUGCGCAUAGUUGUGUGUUUUCUUUUUGUGUUAUUAUUUACAUCCAUCUUGUGAGUUCUGCGUUUGGCACCUUUAAUACGUGUUCCCCUCAGCGGAACGUUCUUAUCUUGUUGUUGUUGUUGCAGAGUUGAAUUACGCAAAGAACUCCUUUAUUGUCGGCGAUUUCCUGCUGUCCUCUUAAUUUUUCUUUUUAUAUUUCUAGACGUCGAAGCUCAACACGGCGCUCCUUCCCACUUCAAUAGUUUUCUCUUUUUGUUUUUUCCUUCAGACCUCAGCGUUGAUUGUGGCCUACUUCUUUCUCUUUCUUUUGUUUUAUUCUAAUCGUUGACGUAUAAAAGUAAUGGGCGCUGGAAGCAGUGCAGCGAAGGAUUCCACGGAGACGCUGCCGCCGGCCUGCCCUGUCUUCUACAACUUCUCCCCCAGCACGCAGCACAUCCCGACCUCCACACUGCCUACACGCGAUGCGCGCGGCCACGUACGGCGUCCGGCGGGCGGGUGUGCGGCGCGCAUCAUCGCCCUCCGCCAUCUUCCCGUCGUGACUCCCGACGCGAGGAAGGAGGCGAAGGAGUUUCUCGCCCAUGGGGGCACAAUGAAGAAGGCAGCGCGCGGCGACGAGGCCGCGCUGGCGAAGAUCAAGGAGAUGGAGGAGCAGGCGAGGUCCGUCCUACGCGACCCGUGUCUUCCCCCGGCCGUCAGCUCCUGCUUUCUCAUCAAUAUCGCGGUGGAUGAGCAGGGCCGCCUCGCGCCGCUGUCCACCGACGGCGCCGCUGGUCUGACCGACACAAUGAACAUGAUCGACAACUGCGACUCCGACAAUGCCAGCGAGUGUGCCUCCACCGCGGUGGCCUCGCAAGUGCAUCCGGUUGGGCGAAAAGGGUUUAACUUCGACACGGCCAACAGCGGUAGCAAUGCGCAGAAGCCGGGUAUGAUGGGUGCCGGCGCACGGCGGACCUCGCCUCCGAGCGAUACCCGCGCUGCGCAGGAGGCGAUCGGCAACAGCAACAAAAAGAAUAAUAUGGCCUCGUUGCCCUCUCCCAAGUCGCACCGCGCUUCGGCAACUCCCUCGUACGACGUGACAGCCGUGCAGCGGCUUGCUCCACAAGGAACGGCGUCAGGCGCCACCAGACCGACUCCUUCCCCUCCUUCGGGAGAUCCAAAUCUGCUGCCCUCUAUCUUUGUUCCUCCACUCGUCUCCACCUCUGACCUUGACGCGGACGGCGACGACGCGGAGCUCACCGCCCUCAUGAACUCCUCGGUGCGGUCACUGUUGAUUAAGGGCAGCCGCUUCCGCAAGGGCGAUGGUGGUGAGUCCACACCGACGCCGGUCACCGCCAGCCUGGGUGAGGCGGCCACAGCGCGGCUGCGACGGCAGCACUCGCGCAUCAAGCUCCUGCAGGUUCCAAACCGCACGCGGUGGUUUCUCUUCAACGACAGCCGCACCCACGAGGCGCAGGUGACCGUGAUGCUCUGCUACACCAAGCAGAAGGACGCAGCGGACUUGCCGGGCAAGGGCAGCCGCAGGGAGAGCCCUGCGAGUGUGGCCGCUUUGUCGCCCCGGAAUGACGUGCCCGCCUCCCCCUCCGCCUCGCCCCCGGGGGAACUGAAACUGAUGUGCGUGCCCACCCCGCUCUCGCACACCGCAACGGACCCGAAGGAACUGAAGAAGCAGCUCGCCAGCAUGUCCAGCAGCAGCCGCAGUUUCGUCGAGAUCGAGCCGCUGUCCUUCUCCGCCUUCUUUGCGGCGCUGCCCGCCCCAUCCGGCAGUUCGCAGAGGGAGUUGCUGUCAAAGUUUGAGGCGAACGUCCCCGGUAUGGCGGCGGUGGCCGUCUUCGUCGUGUUAGCGCCCGGUGCGACGGUCUUCCUUGCGGAAGGCGAGGCCACCGGCUACUUCGUAGAUACCCACAUGGUUCCCUUCAACAGGUCCACCAGCAUGGCGGUGCUGGGCCGUCUGCUCACGCCGGACCUUGUGCGGCUCGCUCGUCAGAAGAGCGAGGCCUUGAGGAAGGAUUGCCACCACCAUAAGUUGAUCUUCCUCUCGAAGCAGGCGGAUCCUGCUCCUGCUGGUGGCGCAACGGGCCCCGGAAACAGCAUCUCCUCCCCUUCCCUUCUCAUCGCAAAGCCCGCGCCUGCCGCGGAGGGGCGCGUCGUCGUUCCGCUGGAGCAGCCCAACAGAAACACCCAUCCCGACCACCACCAGAACAAUGCACGUCAAGACACCGGCGGUGACCGGCAAAGCACCGCCAGCACCGCCAGCACCACCAACACCACUAGCACCACCAGCGCAAACCCGUCUCACCCCUCUGCGCACGCCCCCAAACCGUUAUCACGACUCUCGGCGGACGCAACGGAGGCGAUCAACGCCGCAGGUGAGACGGCUGUGCAGCAGCAGCGGAUCAGCGCCCGUUCACCAUCCAUUCCCCCAGCGCGUGCCACGACGACGGAGGUGAACGGCGGCGUCGUGGUCGGUGGAUCGGAGAGCCCACAGGCGCGCCGGAAGAGAAUUGGGCCGAUGCUGCGGAACCCGAGUUUGGAGGCCGCCGCGGUGCAGCUGGACGAUGACGCGAAGGAGCAGUCGUUUCAUCGUGACUUGCCUGCCGCUAACUCGUUCGCGAUUUCUUUUUGA